CGCUCCAUGUCUCUGCUCGCCUCCUCUGUGUGUUUGAGAGCAGCUCCUCCGGUCAGUUGAGGACGGACAGCUGGUAUCUUAGUAUCAGACGUUGUGGUGACUCUCUCUGCAGCCAGAAACCUCCUAAUCAACCAUGAAGUUCGUCAGGUUCAUCAUGAAACACGCAGCUUUGGCCAGCGUGCCCAAACACAUCGAGCAUUUCUCUAAAUUCUCUCCCUCUCCUCUCUCCAUGAAGCAGUUUCUGGAUUUCGGUUCCAUCAACGCCUGUGAGAAGACGUCCUUUGUCUUUCUGAGACAGGAGCUCCCCGUCAGACUUUCAAACAUUAUGAAGGAAAUCAACCUGUUGCCUGACAAACUGGUCACAACCCCGUCGGUGCAGAUCGUUCAGAGCUGGUACAUCCAGAGUUUACUGGAGAUCCUUGAUUUCCUCGACAAGAAUCCAGAUGACUUCAAAGUCCUGGGAGAGUUUGUGGACGCCUUAGUCACCAUCAGAAACAGACACAAUGACGUGGUGCCGACCAUGGCCCAGGGUAUCAUCGAAUACAAAGAGGCCUUCCCCCAGGACUCGGUCACCAACCAGAACAUCCAGUACUUUCUGGACCGCUUCUACAUGAGCCGCAUCUCUAUCCGCAUGCUCAUCAACCAGCACACUCUUAUUUUUGACGGGACCCUCAACCCGGUUCACCCAAACACCAUCGGCAGCAUCGACCCUCACUGUGAAGUCGGAGACGUGGUCCAGGAUGCCUUCCACAGUGCCAAGAUGUUGUGUGACCAGUACUACCUCCGCUCCCCUGAUCUCCUACUACAGGAGAUGUGCAGCAAGAAGAAGAAGAACCUUCCGAUAAGCAUCGUAUACGUUCCCUCUCACCUUUAUCACAUGCUGUUUGAGCUCUUUAAGAAUGCUAUGAGAGCCACCAUUGAGACCCAUGAUAGCAGCAACAACCUUCCACCCAUCCAGGUCAUGGUGUCUCUCGGAGACGAGGACAUGUCCAUCAAGGUGAGCGACAAGGGCGGCGGUGUCCCCUUUCGGAGGAUGGACAACCUGUUCAGCUACAUGUACUCCACCGCUCCCACUCCACAGAUCGGAGAGAGCACCCGGCCUCCGCUGGCUGGCUUCGGCUACGGUCUGCCCAUCUCCCGUCUCUACGCCAAGUACUUCCAGGGGGACCUGCAGCUCUACUCAAUGGAAGGCCACGGCACAGACGCCGUCAUCUACUUGAAGGCGCUGUCCACAGACUCCAUCGAGAGGCUGCCGGUGUACAACAAAACCGCUCUGAAGAACUACAAAGUGAGCCAAGAGGCCGACGACUGGUGCAUACCCAGUAAAGAGCCCCUGGAUCUGAGCGUCUAUAAGGUUCCCAAGUGAAACUGUCCUCCGGGCCUGGUGCUUCAAACCUACACACCAUGAAGCCUUCACAUUUUCUGUCUUCAUAUUCCCAUGUCGUCAUCUGUCGAGGCAGAUGUGGGGCACCGAACCUUUUUCUACUGAGAGGGUCAUCUCCAGACUAAAGAGAGCCCUCUUAUGUUUUAGUCAGGGUUUAGCAGUAGCAUGCUGCUUUCAGCCCGUGUUGUCAUUUUUUUGGGUUCUUCAUAGGAAACUAGAAAAAAGCUACUAACAGAGCAGAGAAGACGCCACCUCUUACACUUUGGAGACGCAGCUAGAGACAGAGGCAGCACGUUACGGGUGUGGUGACUAAAAUAAGUGGGAAUAUGAGCCGGAUGUAAAGGAGGGUUCAAAUAUUCCAGUUUAAGACGCCACACGUGCAGUAAGGUCAUACAGCAGAUGUUUGAGGAGGUGUCUAGUUGAACAGGGGGAACCUGUUGUUUAACAACUAGAAGACAACCUGGGGCCUCAUUGCAGAAACUUCCUGAGUCUGAAAUCCUUUCUUAUCUCAGUUUAGGUAAUACGGAAACAUGUUUCCUAACUGCAUUUAGGAGAAAAUCCUAUCUUAUUUUAGGAUGUCAAUCGAACAUUUUGUAUCCGUUCAAAAUGUAUCUUAAAGCGUUUAAAAGUAUUUAAUACUCUUAUCAACAUGGGAGUGGGCAAAUAUGCUGCUUUAUAUAAAUGUAUGUAUAUAUUUAUUAUUGGAAAUCAUUUAACAA